AUGCCCCGCAACACCCACCGUUCUACUGCCUCGCAAGCUCGUAAAAGGACUCCAACUACCCUGCGCCUUCGUCUGUUCAAACCGCCUGUUCCGGAUGUUCCGGAUAAUGACGAGAAUCCAACUGAUGAUGAGAAGGAGGAUAAGGAGGAGGAGGAGGAGGAGGAGGAGGAGGAGGAGGAGGAGGAGGAGGAGGAGGAGGAGGAGGAGGAGGAGACACAGUCAGAAGAUCCUCGAUUUCUGCGAACACCUACCCCUGAGCCUGAGAUCUCAUUCAGCUAUAAUCAAUGUGAUGGUGAUGAAAUAUAUGAUGGAAGGAAUGGGAGGCAUGGGAGGACUGAAUUCAAACUUGUCAUCGAAUUCAAACUUGCCAUCAAAUUCAAACUUGCCAUCGAAUCCGAACCUGCCAUCGAAUCCGAACCUGCCAUCGAAUCCGAACCUGCCAUCGAAUCCGAACCUGCCAUUGAAUCCGAACCUGCCAUCGAAUCCGAACCUGCCUCCUAUUCGAAGUAG